UCGCCAUAAACGAGGUGUGGUUUAUUGAAAUCGAGUACAUACAGAGUAUAGUGUGCCGAGUUUCGGAGUUCUAGUUAGAGCAAGUUUAAAUUAAAGCUAAUAUCAACUAAAGACAGACAAACACGAUGAUCGGCCGUCUUCCUGCAUGUGUAAUUGAUGUAGGUACAGGUUACACAAAGCUGGGCUUUGCUGGCAACAAGGAACCUCAACUUAUGAUACCAUCAGCAAUCGCUAUAAAAGAAACUCCAAAAGUUGGAGAUAAUAAUGCCAGAAGAGUUACCAAGGGUGUCGAGGAUUUGGAUGCCUAUAUUGGAGACGAAGCUUUUGAAGCCACUGGAUAUUCUGUAAAAUAUCCAGUUAGACAUGGACUGGUAGAAGAUUGGGAUUUGAUGGAAAAAUUUCUGCAGCAAUGCAUUUUCAAAUACCUCAGAGCAGAACCCGAGGAUCAUUACUUUUUGCUUACAGAACCACCAUUAAACACUCCUGAGAACAGAGAAUACACUGCAGAAAUAAUGUUUGAAUCAUUUAAUGUACCAGGCCUUUAUAUUGCAGUACAAGCGGUACUAGCGUUAGCUGCUUCUUGGGCAGCUAAGAGUGUAGAAGAAAGAACAUUAACAGGAGUUGUGGUUGACAGUGGGGACGGAGUAACACAUGUAAUACCAGUUGCAGAAGGUUUUGUUAUCGGAAGCUGUAUAAAACAUAUUCCUAUUGCUGGACGAGACAUAACGUAUUUUAUACAGAGUUUAUUGAGAGAACGCGAAAUUGGAAUACCACCUGAACAGUCGUUAGAAACAGCCAAAGCGAUAAAAGAAAAACAUUGUUAUAUAUGUCCCGAUAUUUCGAAAGAGUUUGCUAAAUAUGACAGCGAUUCUUCUAAACUAAAAAAAUACGAAGGUAUCAACAGUAUUACUAAACAACCUUUCGUUGUCGACGUCGGCUAUGAGAGGUUCCUCGGACCAGAAAUAUUUUUUCAUCCCGAAUUUUCUAAUCCAGACUUUACAACGCCGUUGAGCGAAAUUGUAGAUGAUGUGAUACAAAAUUGUCCUAUAGAUGUGAGAAGGCCAUUGUAUAAUAAUAUUGUUCUGUCCGGUGGAUCCACGAUGUUUAAAGAUUUUGGCAGGCGAUUGCAACGUGACAUAAAGCGCAUCGUUGACGCGCGUCUUAAACUCAGCGAUACGUUAAGUGGAACUCAUAUUACGCCGAAGCCAAUAGAUGUACACGUUAUAUCACAUCAUAAGCAACGUUGUGCUGUAUGGUAUGGCGGUGCGCUAUUAGCCAGCGAUCCUGAAUUUUACACGGUUUGUCAUACCAAAAAAACUUAUCUAGAAUACGGUCCAGGCAUAUGUCGUUAUAAUCCUGUAUUUCAUAGUAUGGUGUAAAAUAAAUAAAAAUAUAUGUAAUUCAAACGAAACGACAUUACACACAGACUAAUAAUCGGAAUUUAGAGUCAUUAAUGAAAUUUUUAAUAACUUAUUCCGAUCUUAAAUUUUUUGACUUAUAAUUAUAUUUCAUGAGAUAUACCGGGCGUUCAUGUCAUAGAUACGUAAUUAAUAACUACAAGAAUUCCGGAGAACGCCCAAACAUAUAUUAGUAAACGCACACGAAAAUAUUUUCAUGCUCAUCCGUUAUUACAUAUGUACGUUAUCGUGUAAGGAGACAUAUUUGCAUUUAAUAAACAAGAAGGAAAAAUUAA